AUGGCCUUUGGGGAUGCUUUUGCUGAGCACACGGCGUCCCAACAGGGUGAGAUCACUCCUUUCCUUUAUUUUCCUUGGAAAAACACACACCCUGAGCCGUUCCUCUGAUGGUUCGGGGAACUUGUGGCUCUCUCCAAAGCUCGCUGUUUCCCCCAAAACAAAGACUUUACCCACAGAAGCUGAGGACAAACACACCUCAACAGGCCAGGUGGCUCCUCUCUGACUUAAUGAAGAGGUAGUCUUGGGAACAGGAGGAAGAAAAAGAUGCUGGGAAGCUUAAGGAUGUGGGUCUACUCCCAACACAAUCCUGUUCCCCACAGAGGCCAACUGGACAGCUCAGGGAAGCCCACAAACAGGGAGGAAACAGCUCUCUCUCCUCAGAGGUUGAUUGCCCUGGACAUGGAAGUUCUGCUUGGGCAAAGGAUAUAGAAAGAAAUGUGUUGAUUUGGACCAAAGCUGUGCCUGGUCUGUGCUAAGUUCCUAGCAUCUCAAAGUGUUGGUGCUGACCUUUAAAGCCCUAAACGGCCUUGGUCCAGAAUACCUGAAGGAGCGUCUCCACCCCCAUCGUUCUGCCCGGACACUGAGGUCCAGCUCCGAGGGCCUUCUGGCGGUUCCCUCACUGCGAGAAGCCAAGUUACAGGGAACCAGGCAGAGGGCCUUCUCGGUGGUGGCUCCCGCCCUGUGGAACGCCCUCCCACCAGAUGUCAAAGAGAAAAACAACUACCAGACUUUUAGAAGACAUCUGAAGGCAGCCCUGGUUAGAGAAGCUUUUAAUGUUUAACAGUAUUUUAAUACUUUGUUGGAAGCCGCCCCGGGUGGUAAAUUAUUAUUAUUAUUAUUAUUAUUACUAAGGAAUGUGUUCUGUCUGAAACUCCAGAGCAGCUGCUACCAGUCAGUGUGUGCAGACCAAACUAAGCCACAUAGACCAGCUGCUUGAUUCUGUAUAAGGCAACUCCUUGUGUCCUUCUUCUUAUCCUGAUUCACGCAGUGGAAUGCUUUCAGGAAGGCGAGCAAGGGGACGGAGGUAAUUCAGGGGUAGACUGCCUCUGUGUGUGGAGGCCCCAUUUGUAGCCACCUAAUCGAAUGUCCUGCCUCCCACCCUGGCUAAUGAGAUGCUUCUGGAAAGACCACAGGGAGGGCAAGAAGGCAAAAGCCCCUGCCCACCGCUUGCCAAAACCUGUGACCAACACUGGCUUGGGUUGAGAAGGUACCUAGAGAGAUCACAAAGCUGAGACUCAAAAAUCACAAAGCCCAUCAUUCUCUUUCUAACAGCAGCCAGCCAGAUGCCUUCAGCAGUUCAGCAGAAGACCCUGCAGUUGAGAAAGCUAUCUCUUGCCCACUCUAACAAGGUUAUGACCCCUGUGUCUCCAGCACACAUAGUCAGAGGCUGUAGGAGCGCCAGGUGGGGAGCUGGGUCUGCGCCAGGGCUCAGAGCUGAUUACAGAAGGUAGGUGUGCUGGGCCUGGGGGUAACCCGUGAAACGCGGUCCAGGACUGGUCCAGAAUCCGAAGGUCCUGCUGGGAGUGAGUCCGACAGGGCCAAGGCAGGACAUGAGGCAGGAAACCAGGCAAGGACGGGUACAGGAUCUAGAAUACAGUAAUGUUGCUCCCGCAACCUGGGGCAGAGUCCGACAGCCUUUUAUCUUUGUUGGGGUAGCAGCUGGUCCUGAUCCCCCAGCGACUCACCUCCCUGUUUCACCCGAAGGCGAGCACUCCUCCUGCAAGUACUCAGGUCUCUCCUCCUCUCAGACCUCAGUCUCUGCAGCUCGGGAGACAUCGGUGGGUUACUAAACCCAGAGGCCGCCUCAGCCUCCCCUGACCCAACCGGUAGUGGAGCAGCUGUGAGUGAUGGCCCAGCUGGAGGCAACGAGGUCAUCCCCGCAUCUGGAGCCAGGGCAGGCUCAGGCCCCUGACUCGGCCCAGCUGGUGUUUGUUGCAGGGGAACCUGUGCAGACUGGAUCAGGCCCCAGACUAGGUUCAGAUGAUGCCUGAGGCAGAGGAUCCAGUGCGGACUGAGAAUCCUCUGGCUCCGAGUCCGAGUCCCAGGCCAUCACAGUAGGGAGACCAUCGCACCUGAGGUGGUUGGGCAGGACUCCCCAGGGGAACCUACCAGGCCACCAGGACCUAUAAGGCUGGAGACUGGACCCUGGUGGGCACCUUUCCUUUCCCAACACAUCACCUGUUCAGGAGCUCUUCAGGAGGGAGGCUGUGGAAUGGGGGAGGAGUGCUCAUCUUCAGGCCUGAAGGUUGGUCCUUUAAGGCUCUGAAGGUCUCCACAGGUGAGUUUAGCCUGGGGGCAGCAGUCCGGACAGAGGUACAAAAUAAUAAUAAUAAUAAUAAUAAUAAUAAUAAUAAUAAUAAUAAUAAAAUUAUUUGUACCCUGCCCUUCCCGGUUCAGAAAACUGGGCUGAGGGCAGCUAACAACAAAUUUAAAACACUUAACUGAUGCAACAAAAAACAGCAUAAAAUGCAGUAUAAAACGUGAAUAACAAUAAAUUCAGAAUUCAAAAAUCAAUUUAGGGGGAAAAUCCAUCCAAUAAACAUUAGAUGAUCACCAGGGCUAGCUGGCUGAAUUAGUCCUAUUUGGGCCAGUGAGGAGACCAGCUGUGGGAUCCCAGAGUGGGUAAUCUUCAUAAAACGGGGAGGGGGAGGGAAGGAAGGGGAACAAAAGAUCAGGCUAAGUUCAAAUUGAAAGUCAGGUGGAAUAGCUCUCUCUUACAGGCCCUGCGGAAGGAAGUUAAAUCCUGCAGGGCUCUAUUCUCAUGGGAAAGAGCAUUCCACCAGGUUGCAGCCAUCACUGAGAAGGCCCUGGCCUCAGUCUACUCCCAAACUCUGUCAGAGCAAGGGGUUUGCUUGGAGCUGUCCGUGGUUCAGCAACCUUUGUCCAGCCUUGCCGCUUUCCUCCAGUGGUUCCGGGAUUGGACCAGAACAUGAUAAACCUCUGCUGCAGUGUCUGUGUGAUGGGUAAGUUUAUUUAGGGAGCAGGGUCCUCCGAAACCCGGAGCCAACACAGCUAACCACCCUCUGCUCUCUGCCCACAGUAUCUGGUCCUCUACCGGGCAGUCAUGGAGAAUGGCCAGUGUUCUUAGACCUCUGCAGCUUGACCAGCUCCCUUUCAAAAAACUUGUAAGUGUGGGGCUGUUGCCACUGGCUGGUUUUCCUUCCAUAGGUUGGGCAUCGAACCCAUUUCCUGGGGGAUAAGGUAAAGGUAAAGGGACCCCUGACCAUUGGUCCAGUCGUGACCGACUCUGGGGUUGCGGCGCUCAUCUUGCUUUAUCGGCCGAGGGAGCCGGCGUACAGCUUCUGGGUCAUGUGGCCAGCAUGACUAAGCCGCUUCUGGCAAACCAGAGCAGCGCAUGGAAACACCGUUUACCUUCCCGCCGGAGUGGUACCUAUUUAUCUACUUGCACUUUGACGUGCUUUCAAACUGCUAGGUUGGCAGGAGCAGGGACAGAACAACGGGAGCUCACCCCGUCACGGGGAUUCGAACCGCCGACCUUCUGAUCGGCAAGUCCUAGGCUCUGUGGUUUAACCCACAGCGCCACCCGCGUUCCUUCCUGGGGGGUACUUUCUGUAUAACAAGUUCCCCCCUCCCCAGCUAUUGGUUGGUCUCUGGUGAUGUCCACCUCUAUUCUACUUCUCUUCUUCCUUAAAAAGAAGUUGUUUGCUUAAUCAAAAUGCCAAUCUCUCUCUCUCUAUAUUCAAGAUGGAGGGCAAGCAAGGAAGAAUUGAGUCAAGGGCAUAAAGCGAGCCAGGAACUGAAAACAGUAUUAUUACCAUAAGGCUGAUUUCUGGUAAAAAGUCGGGAUCCAAACGAGAGACGUGAUGUUUUUGUGACCUCCCGCAAUUGGGUCAGAAGUCCCGUGGUUGUGUGUGUGUGUUGGGGGAAUAUCAAACAUCAGCCGCAGGAGUCGCUGGUUUUUGCCAUCUCUUCUCGCUCCUAUUGUCCAGCACGGGUCCAUUUCAUGAUUUCAUCCCCACUUGACCCGUGUUCCUUCCACCUCCUCCUCCUCCUCGUCCCACGGAGCGUUUCCUUUCCAUCGGUUCCUCUUUCAACCAGUAGCUCAGCUACCGCCUAGGAACUCAGCCCAGGGUUCUAAGAAGAGGAGGGGAGGGGAAGGCGAUUGUCUUUUAAUUGAAAAUGACAUGAGUAGCAAAGGAAAAAAUGUCUGAGGUUUCCUGCCAGGCCCUUUUAACAGCUCCUCCGGGCAAGCGAUUACGCCAUGCGCUGCGUUGGGUGGCGGUAGGAGAAGCAAGCUCUGGCAAGCCCCGGCAGGGCCGCCUGCAAACCUCAUCACAACGAACCAUUUGGAGAGUGAAGCCGAGAGGUGGAGGAGAAAAGAACGGACAAACACACAAGAAUCAGUAUCCUCUGUGGCCAAAGUAAAUGAAGCCCACCGGAACAUCAGCAACAAAGUGGCCCGGCCAGAUGGGUGAACUGGAUAAGAAGGUUGUGGUUGUGGUGGUUGUUUUAACAGGCCUUGUCCAGAUUUCUGGCUUGUUUGGAAGAUUCAAGACCAGGUUUCCUUAGCCUCGGCCCUCCAGAUGUUUUUGGCCUACAACCCCAAUAAUAAUAAUAAUAACAACAAUAAUAAUAAUAAUAAUAAUAAUAAUUUAUUAUUUGUACCCUGCCCAUCUGGUUUCCCCAGCCACUCUGCGCAGCUUCCAACAAAGAUUAAAAAUACAUUAAAAUGUCACACUUUAAAAACCUCCCUGAACAGGACUGCCUUCAGAUGUCUUCUAAAUGUCAGGUAGUUGUUUAUCUCUUUGACAUCUGGUGGGAGGGCGUUCCACAGGGCGGGCGCCACUACCAAGAAGCCCCUCUGCCUGGUUCCCUGUAACUUGGCUUCUCACAGGGAGGGAACCGCCAGAAGGCCCUCGGCGCUGGACCUCAGUGUCCGGGCUGAACGAUGGGGGUGGAGACGCUCCUUCAGAUAUACUGGACUGAGGCUGUUUAGGGCUUUAAAGGUCAGAACCAACAUUUUGAAUUGUGCUCGGAAACGUACUGGGAGCCAAUGUAGGUCUUUCAAGACCGGUGUUAUGCGGUCUCGGCGGCCGCUCCCAGUCCCCAGUCUAGCUGCCGCAUUCUGGAUUAGUUGUAGUUUCCGGGUCACCUUCCAAGGUAGCCCCACUACCCUAGCUAGCAGGACCAGUGGUCAGGGAUGCUGGGAAUUGUAGUCUCAAGACAACUGGAGGGCCGAGGUUGAGGAAGCCUAUUGAAGACAGUCUACAAGCCAGGACUUCCCUUCACACAACAUAUAGUCAAUGUCCACUAACUUGGAUGGCUUUAAAAGGGCACUCACUCGACAAAUUCAUGGAAGAUAAGAUUGUCUGUUGAUGGCUAGUGGCUCCAAGUGAUGUUUCUGAAUACCAGUUACUGCAUGAGGGGAGAGUGGUCUUGGGUUCAGAUUCUGAUUGGGGCUUCCCACGGGGCAUGUGGUUGGCCCCUGUGAGUACUAAACUAGAUGGGCCUGAUCCAGCUAGCUCAUCUUCUGUACAUAUGUUCUGUUGUGCAGCCAAAAGCCUUUGUGCGGGCGGCAACACGAGAACGGGCCCUUUCGGUGGUGGCUCCCCACUUGUGGGAUGCUCUCUCCGGGGAAGCUCACCUGGCUCCUUCCUUACAUAUAUUUAGGUGCCAGGCGAAAACAUUUCUCUAGCACCAGCCUUUGUCUGAUUAAACAAUCUGUGGCCUUUUAAACAAGUUUGUGGGACGGGGAGGGUUUUUUUUUGGUAUUAUGUUAUGUGUUUUUGUGUUUUUAUACUGUAAACGGCUAUGUGAUCUUCGGAUGAAGGGCGAUAUAGAAAUUUAAUAAGGAAGAAUAAGAAUAAUACUUUGUUGGCUACCAUCCAAACCAUGCAAUACAUAAAUUAAAAAACCCAUCAGUUAAAACGAAACAAUCUGCUUCAGUGAAAAGUUCACUCAGUUUGUUUCUCCGGCAAUGCCAGCCAUCGUCUCCAAAAAAACACUCAACACACCUCAAAGGGCUUGGCAGAAGGGCAAGCUUUAUAGCUGGCACCAAAAUAAAUCAUUAUUAUAAUCUCCACUUCCCCCAAAUCAGGUUCCAAUAGGGUUUCAUCCCAGUGAGGCGUGUCUCAGGAUGACGACCCGGUGUUGCCUGAUCUUCUUUCCACAAACGCUGCCCGUUCGUUUGUUCCUUUGCUCCUUCAGCCAUAUGGUGGCCUGUAAAGGUUUCCCAAAUUUAGCCUUGGGCCCUGAGCGAUGCUUCGCUUCCGUCCGCAUAAGCUGAACAUUGUUAAUUCUGUACAGAUGGGUGGAUUGUACAGAUUCCCCAGACUCUGGCCAACCCCUUCUGUUGCUGAAGGAGUCGUCUUAUACAAGGCGUCUCUUUGUAUAGCUGCCUGGGCUGCCUGCGGUUGACAGUGGUGGUCCAGCUUACCUUUCCGUUCCUCCUUGCCUACUGAGUUAACUGCUGCCCUUUUGCUUCUGCGACACUAGUCCUUUUCUACGGAAUUCAUUGACGCAAUUCAUUUGCUCAAGUUAUUAUAGGGGAGAAUCCGCCAGGCUCCUGCAUUCCAGUCUUCUCUGCAACGCCUUCCUGUCUUCUCCCACUCACCAAGACAUGGGUUUAGGGGGAUUUUUUCCCCUUUGACAUGUAGCCUCUAUACAGAGGCGCUCUGCGGAGUGUCAAAGCAGCACCGAGGCACUGGGGGAGAGGGGCUGUACGUCCGUUUCUGCUGGGGGCUUCAGUACCCCACUGUUUUGUUAAUGGAGAAAUCCCUUGGACAAAAAAAACAAGGACACCAGCCAGGAAUACCAGAGCAAAACAGCAGCCAGUAGGCUUGGUCUUUAUUGAAGACUGUCGCGACAGGACUCCCACCUGCCACCAGGUGGAACAAGAUGGAAGCCCCGAACAAAAGAGAACCCAAACUUUUAUUAGCUGCUCAUCCCCAUGUUACACCCCCCCCAAACUACAUCAUGAUUACAUCAUGAAAGGGGAGGUCUGGUGGCAGGAAUCUGAGCAUCCUGGACCCUGCCCCAUGGUUCCCCUUGCCCUCCACCAAACACCCAUCAAGUGUAACAAAGAGAUAUUUACAUUUCCUGUUUCCCAGCCAAGUUAAUCCCACCCUUUGUCUGCAUCUGGGUUUGUUAUUUCUGGAAUGGCUACCUGUCUGGCACUCAGGUAUCAGGAUGCCAGGGAUUAUCACUUAGGCAGAGGGGCUGCUGAGGAGCUGAGCUCACAUGUCUAUAUCAAUUUCCCAGUGAACUUGUACAUAGAGACAUUGAUCAGUGAAUUCUUACAUUUGGUAUCGUGCAGCAAAGGCCCUUUGAAUAGAUAGGAAGAAACUGUGAUGAAGUGUUUCGUGGGGACAAAUCACAAAAGUGAUGGUGCUGAUUUUGGUAGUGGGCUGCAUGUGCAUUAUAUCUGCAGGAGGGGCAACCCCCCCCCCCAACCUAUACAUAAAUUCCUGCAAUAGUUUCCCAUUUGUAUUUCCACAUUUAAUUUUAAGGGAAGGGCCACAGCUCAGUGGGAGCUUGGUUCAGUCCCUGGCUGGGGAAAACCUUGUGGGUGGAGUCACUACCAGUUUGUGUGAACAAUUCAGUAUAUGAAGCACCUUCUUAUUUAAAUCAACCCUUUAUUGAUAACCUUAUUCAGAAUGGGGAAGUUCUGUUGUUGUUGUUUUAUUAUUAAUUUAUUUAACAUAAUUAUUACAAAAUAUAAGCAAAAUAUUGCAAAUACAUACAUAUAUAUUUCAGAUAAGCACACAUAUAUAAAAAAAGAACAAAAGAGGAAAAAAGGAAGAAACGAACAAGAAAAAAUAAAGAGAAGAAGAAGAAAAGUUUGAAGAAUUUCUUCCAGAUUUAUCCUACAAAUAUCUCAAUAAUAAAAUUUCAUUGAUUGACUUCCAUCGCAUACACUGCACUUCCUAUAUGCACUUUAAGCGAGAUCUGUUAUUCCGUAUUUUUCCUAUACAAUCUCACACAAAUAUUCUAAUCAAUAAGUUUUCUAAAUCUUUCAUAAAUGGGGAAGUUCCGUUGCUUGGCGGCAGAGGAGUUGCUUUGAAUGCGGAACAUCCAGGGAUUAAUCUACAGGUAGUUCUGAGAGAAGGGACGCGGGUGGCACUGUGGGUUAAACCACAGAGCCUAGGACUUGCCGAUCAGACGGGGUGAGCUCUUUCCGUGCGCUGCUCUGGUUCACCAGAAGCGGCUCAGUCCUGCUGGCCACAUGACCCGAAGCUGUAUGCCGGCUCCCUCGGCCAAUAAAGCGAGAUGAGCGUUGCAACCCCAGAGUCGGCCACGACUGGACCUAAUGGUUACCUUUUUAGUUCUGAGAGAACCUGAAACCCUGGAGAGCUGCUGCCAGUCAGGGCAGACAGUACUGGGCUAGAUUAAUUCUAAGACAGUUUCCGUUGUUCGUACGAACCACAAGCAGGACUAAAGUCUUAAUUUAAUUUUUAAGGGACAGUCGUGUGAUAAGAGUUCAGUCCUUUGCAUCUCCAUGAAGGGGCUGGGAAAGACUACAGCUGUAGCCCCAAACAUCUGGACGACACCACUUUGUGAAAGGCUGGGGGCAAGAUCAGGGCCAAGAAGCGCAACCAUUUCCCAAAAAUGAAGCAUGCCAGUAAGCAUGAAUAACAUGUGUUUCACAAUGCGCUUUUUACUCGACCCCUUUCCUGGGUUUAUCCCAAGGGAGACCGUUCCACUGCUGAACCGCUCUUACUGUCCUGGAAGUUCUUCCUGAUGUUUAGCCGGAAUCUCCAGGCCAUGGUUGUCUGCUGCAGAAAAGAAAAAAAAGAAUCUCUGGCAACAUCUUAAAGGCCAAUGAAUUUAUUUGUGUGUUUUUUUUAAAAAUUAAAGGUUUUCUUGAUUUACAAAAGUGUGUGCAAUGUCUCUCUCUCGUGUCCCCCCCCCCCCAUGUAACAUUUUUACAAAUCAGUUUCAUUUGUUGAGACAUUAGGAAGAAAAGGGGGAAGGAGGCGAAGAAGGGGAAAGAGGGGGGUCAGGUGGUGAUGUUUCUAUUUUACUUACUGUAUGUGGAGUUUGGUGUCAGCGUCGCUUGUGCAGGUUCUCUGCUGUUCACUUGUGUUCCUUUGGUGGUGAGAGAGGUUGGGGUUGGCCUAGGGUGUGGCUGUUCAUUUGUGAUUGGCUGUGGUGGUCUUUGUUUUCGUGUGUGAGUGAGGUGGGUGGGUGUUUUGGAUCAGGUUAGCCAUAUUGAUUUGUAUGCUGUUGGUGGAUUUUUGUCAUUGUCUUGUUGAGCUGUGUGUGUGAUAAAGGGGAGCCAUACAGGGGUGAAGGUGUCUUCUUCUAUUUGUCCCCAUGUCAGUUUCUGUUUUUUGGUUAAUUUUUCUAGUAGGGCUGUUUCCCAUACUAUUUGGUACCAUUGGUCCAUGCUUACUCCUGACAGGUCUCUCCAGUGUCUGGUUAUGGCGUUUCUGGCUGCUGAAAGUAGGUGGGUUAUGAGUUUUUUGCGGUGUAAGUGGGCAUUACAGUGGUGCCCCGCAAGACGAAUGCCUCGCAAGACGAAAAACUCGCUAGACGAAAGGGUUUUGCGUUUUUUGAGUCGUUCCGCAAGACGAAUUUCCCUAUGGGCUUGCUUCGCAAGACGAAACGUCUUGCGAGUUCUUGCGAGUUUGUUUCCUUUUUCUUAAAGCUGCUAAGCCGUUAAUAGCCGCUAAGCCGCUAAGCCACAAAGCCAUUAAUAGCCGCUAAGCCGCUAAGCCGCUAAUAGCCGUGCUUUGCAAGACGAAAAAACCGCAAGACGAAGAGACUCGCGGAACGGAUUAAUUUCGUCUUGCGAGGCACCACUGUAUUGUCUUGGAAGGUGUUUAGUAAGGCCAGUUCUGGGGUGGUUUCUAAUACUUGCUUGGUUAUUUUACUUGCCAAUGAAUUUGUUGUAGCAUCAAGCUGCAUGUAACAAGAGUGGACUGUUCUGCAUGGACAUUUAUGCCAUGGGUAUCUGAUGUGGCUCCCUCCAGAUUCUGUUGGACUGCAACUCCCAUCAGUCCUGCUCUGAGAACUGGUCACCCUGGCUGAGGCUGAUGAGAGCUGGAGUCCAGAUCGAUCUGAAGUUUACAGCAUGUUAUUCUUUGAAGGGGAACUACUUGAAAAUGAUUUACAGAUGGUGUUUAACUCAGAGUAGACUUGCUAAGAUGUGUAAGACUGAAUCAGAUAAGUGCUGGAGAUGCAAAGAGGCAGAGGGAACGUGCUUUCAUAUGUGGUGGACAUGUAAAAGGGUAAAAGAGUAUUGGGAAAUAAUCCAUAAUGAACUGAAAAAAAGGUUUAAAAGCACCUUCCCCCCAAAAAACCAGAGUCCUUUUUGUUGGGGAUAAUUCAGAUGGAAAUUCCCAGGUGUCAAAAAGGGUUAUUAUGUAUGCCACUACAGCGGCUCAUGUUUCGUUAGCCCAGAAAUGGAAAAUGAACGAUGUCCCAACCAAAGAAGAAGGGGAACUUAAACUGAUGGAAUAUGCACAGCUUGCAGAUCUAACGUAUAGAAUAAGAGAACAAGAAGAACAUUAAUUUAAAGAAGACUGGAAAAUGUUUAUGGAAUAUAUGGGGGGGAUUGUGUACAGUUGAAAACGUUGGCAGCAUUAAUAUACAGUGGUACCUCUGGAUACGAACGGGAUCCAUUCUGGAGCCCUGUUCGCAUCCUGAAGUAAACGCAACCUGCGUCUGUGCGUGCGCAGGUCGCGAUUCGCCGCUUCCGUGCAUGCGCGUGACGUCAUUUUGACCGUCUGUGCAUGCGUGAGUGGCAAAACCCGGAAGUAAUGCGCUCCAUUACUUCCGGGUCGCCGCGGAGCGCAACCCGAAACUGCUUAACCUGAAACGACUUCAACCCGAGGUAUGACUGUAAAUCCAGCAGUGUAAAUAAGUUUUGAUGGGAGUAAUAAUAAUCGAAUACCAAAUAGUUUAGUUUAUAUGUAAAGUGAACCAUGGAAAGAGAAGUAGGGAAGUCAUUGAUAUUUUAAGGUUUGUAUAAAUGAAUACUCUACAUUGUAAAACAGAAAAUUUAAUAAAAACAGAGAGAGAGGGGGAGAGAGAGGGAGAGGGAGAUUUUUUAUUUAAAAAAUGUUUGGGGGUUCUCUCGUUUGACUCAAGUAAGCCACCAUUUUACAGUUCAAUUGUGGUUCCAGCUGUUUCAUCCCUCUGCUGCUAUCACCUGGGUUUUUGGGCUGAACGUGGAAAGAAAAGGGGAAAGGAGCAAGAGAGAAACAAUCCAGAAUUACAGGAUCAUUUAUCUUAUUUUCAUUUUUCGUCCCCCCCAGGCCACUUAGCAUAGAAGCGGCUGCUGACUGCUGGAUGUUUACACCGAAUCGCAGAGAAAAUAGAAUGUCCUUCAACAGCCCUCUGGUGGAAGAAGAGUGA